AGUUUUUAUUAAUUUCGAUUUUACGCAUGCACCACUCCCCGCCGAUCAUGGAAAAUGGACCAGUUUCUUGUUUACCAACUACUCCGAAAAUGUCGAAGGCUAAAAAAGUUAUCGAUGAAGCUCAGGAAAAUCAAAAUCCUGAGUUGGAUUUGGCUGAUAAAGGGGUAGUCUCUUUCGAAGAAAUGCCAGGGCUCAUUGAUAUGCAUAAUAUUACCCGAAUAACAUUGAGUCAUAAUAAAAUACAAAAAGUGCCUCCUGGAAUUGCAAACUUAACUCAAUUAGAAAUGUUAAAUUUGUUUAAUAAUCAUAUUGAAGAAUUGCCCGUUUCUCUUUCUUCAAUGCCAAAGUUACGGAUCUUAAAUGUUGGAAUGAAUCGGUUGGACUCAUUACCUAGAGGUUUUGGAGCUUUUGCUGUUCUGGAAGUUUUGGAUUUAACCUAUAACAAUUUGAAUGAAUCUAGUUUACCAGGAAAUUUUUUUAUGUUAGAAACUUUACGAGCAUUAUACUUAGGUGAUAACGAUUUUGAGACUAUACCACCUGAGAUUGGGAAUUUAAAAAACCUCCAGAUUUUGGUUUUACGAGAAAAUGAUUUAAUUGACAUACCAAAAGAAAUUGGUUAUUUACCUAGAUUACGUGAGUUACACAUUCAAGCUAAUCGACUUACAGUUUUACCACCUGAAUUGGGUAAUUUAGAUUUAUUUGGUAACAAAUCUGUAUUAAGAAUGGAUUUUAAUCCUUGGGUUGCUCCAAUUGCUGAUCAACUUCAAGUUGGUGUAUCUCAUGUAAUUGAUUAUAUUAGAUCAGAAACCUACAGAUAUUUAUACAACCGUCAUAUUGCUGCUAGAGGUCCACCUCCACCAAAACUUAAUGAUAAAACUCGGAAGAUAUCAAGGAAUCGUCAAUAUAGCUAACUUUAAUCUAAAAAAAUGUAUAAAUAAAUAAAAUUAACACUUAAGACAUCGGAAUUAUGGGAACAAUUAAUAUAAUCUAUUCUAUAAACUGAAUACUAAAAUCCAUUUUAGAAAUUAUUUAAAUAAAAAAAAUUAAAUUAUAAUUUUACGAAAUUAUUAAAGUUAAAUAAAUGUAUAUUAAAGCGUUAAUGAUAUUAUUUCUGAAAUAUACAUUUAUAAUAGUUAAGUUUUAUCCAAUUUACUAAUAAUGUUAUCAUUCUCAAUUAUCUUUGAGUACUAUUAGAAAUUGUUAUUACAUGUCUCAAAAAUAUGUCAAAUAUUCACUAUAAAUUUUACAGAGGGGUUAAUCAUUAUAAUCUAUUAAGAUUUCUAAUUUCAUAUUAAAGUCCCAAAGCAUAUAUUAAAGGUACCUGCACUUAUUUACAAUAUUCCGAUGUCCCUGCUAAUGUAUCUAAAAAGUAUUUUUGGUUUCAAUUUGUUUAAAUU